AUGCGUGCUUUCAUUGUUUUAUGCUUGGUUUCGGUCGCCUGUGCCGACAAAUUGGGUUACAACUACAAACCAGUUGAUCACUCCAGCACAGGAUUGUCAUUUAAACCUGGCACUGUUGCUACUGGAACUAUCCAGACUCCAUUCGUUUCCUAUGUUUCCCCAAGCAAAUAUUCGCCUCCUUCAGUCUCUGGCCCUGUCACCAGGUCCGGCGGCGUUGCCCCAUUCACCGCCCCCGUUGAAUACGAAAAAGAAUUCUUCUCAUUCUCCGCCCCUGAAGGUGAAUUCAAUGACGCGGAGGCUGCUCAACGUAUUGCUGGUUCUCUAAAGAAAGGUCUCCGCGUUAUUUUCAUUAAGGGUCCCGAAAAUAAUGGCCUGGAGAAUGUUGCUCUUGCCUUGGCCAAACAAGCUGCCGAACAAAAGACCGCCAUCUAUGUCCUCAACAAACAAACUGAUUUGGGUGAAUUGGCCAAUAAACUUAAUGCCGUCAGCAAGAACAACAACAACAAACCCGAAGUUCACUUUGUCAAAUAUCGCACUCCUGAAGAUGCUGCCAACGCCCAAAGAGCUAUCCAAAGUCAAUACGAUUUGUUGGGUGGAAAAUCUCUUAAUGUCAAUGGUGGUGUUGCUCCCGUUAUUAACUUUGCUUCUAAAGCUACAGUUCGUGCUGGUCCUGAACCACAAGUUCCCCAAAAUAAGUACUUGCCUUCAUCUUUGUUCCGUUUCCGUGCUUAA